CCCACAUGGAAUCGAAAUCGAGAUGGGCCAUAUCUCGAUGAAUACUGCCGUCCCAUAGUUACGCAGCACAAGUGCCUAAGUACUGAGGUACCUGUGUCAGUCAGCAAAUAGGUAAUGAAGCAAGCAGGCGUUGGUCGGGCUUUCGGAUGGGAAUCUUCUUCCUCGGCCAGCUCGGCUCAUGAUCAUGACCAUCCAAAGUCCACUCUAACUAAGGCCUGGCCACUGGCAAAAGGAUCAGAAUUCUCGGGAUAUCACGUGAUUGGGACAUUUUCAACAUGACAUAUGCCUUGCUUCUCACCUCCCACGCCAGGCUUCCACAGCUCCAAUCCUCCCCACGCAAUCCGACCCCACCCACCAAACGCAACCCCCUCCAUCCCCGGUGCCAACAGAUUGCCGCACCCCUCCCCACAUCGUCUGACCCUUCGAUUGUUCGUUGCCGGAUCACAAGAGGCAUAUACCUACCUCGGCGGAAAAUCCCGCCUGUCCCGCAGUCAAUGUCAUGAAGGCAGCUGGUCGCCCAUUGCAACGGGCAUUGGCCCAAACAAGUCGGUUCAUAGCACCGGCUCGCGUCCUAUGUUCUCUCCAAUCCAUCCCCCUAUGUGCGCUGGGCCCGCUGCGGCAAUCUCAGAGCUGUAGCUCAGCGGCGCUCGGCCAUGCUCGGUAUCUCAGCUCGUCACCUCCGACAAAGUUCGUCUUUCCGCAGCCCCGAACAUCAAGCCCUAUAUCUACACGGUCAUUCUACAAUUCGGCAAUACCACGACAGGCAAGGCUGCCAGAGGAGGAGAAGGUAAAGGAUAUUGUAGCUAAGGACGCCGUGGAAACGGAAUCCGUCGGCUUUGAACUCUCGGAAAAGGCGGCAAAGGCAACACAAGUAAAUCUAUCGGCAAAGCUCAACAAAGAUGGAAAAUCCGGUGGCAAAACUGGAUUUGGCGAAAUAGUCCGACUGUUAAAGAUCGCGAAACCGGAGUCCAAGUGGCUGGGAGGCGCCUUUAUGCUACUCUUGCUCAGCUCAUCGAUAACAAUGGCUAUUCCAUUCUCGAUUGGAAAGAUACUCGAUGCGGCAACCAAUCCCAACGGCGGAGAUAUGCUCUUUGGGCUUACAACUAUGCAAUUCUACGGUGCUCUCGCAGCUGUUCUAUGCUGUGGUGCUGGCGCGAAUUAUGGUCGUAUCAUCCUGCUCAGGCUUGUUGGUGAGCGUAUCGUUGCCCGUCUCCGGUCUCAACUCUUUCGGCGUACCUACGUGCAGAAUGCAGAAUUCUUCGAUGCCAACCGCGUUGGAGAUCUGAUCUCUCGGCUUUCUUCGGACACUAUUAUCGUGGGCAAGAGCAUCACACAGAAUCUCUCGGAUGGACUUCGUGCGCUGGUCACUGGUACUGCGGGUAUUGCACUGAUGACUUACGUGAGCUUCCAAUUGACGUCGGUUAUGGCCUUUAUGUUUCCUCCAAUCGCGGUCGCUGCGUUCUUCUAUGGACGAAACAUCCGGAAUCUCAGUCGCAAGAUCCAGCGAUCCCUGGGCUCACUUACCAAAGUUGCGGAAGAGCGCUUGAGCAAUGUCCGAACCAGUCAGGCCUUCGCAGGUGAAGUUUUGGAAGUUGGCCGGUACAAUAAGGGCGUUCGCAGGAUCUACAACCUCGGCAGAAAAGAGGCCUUGGUCAGCGCCGCGUUCUUCAGUUCUACUGGUCUCAUUGGAAAUAUGACGAUUCUUUCGAUUCUGUACAUUGGAGGGUCGUUGGUCAAAUCCGGGACAAUCACAAUCGGAGAACUUUCGUCUUUCUUGAUGUACACCGCCUAUGCCGGAUCUAGUAUGUUUGGCCUAUCAAGCUUCUACUCCGAGCUCAUGAAAGGAGUGGGAGCUGCAAGUCGUCUCUUCGAGCUACAAGACAGAAAACCCACGAUCCGUUCGACUGUCGGUACGAAGGUGACCUCUGCUCGUGGUAUCAUCAAAUUCAACGACGUCUCAUUCGCCUACCCCACCCGCCCUGCCGUUACCAUCUUUGACAAGAUCAGCUUCGAUAUCAAACCGGGUAUGAGUGUGGCCAUCGUCGGACCAUCUGGAGGUGGAAAGUCCACCAUUUCUUCGCUCCUGCUCCGUUUCUAUGACCCCACCUCCGGCUCCAUCACGAUCAACGGCGUAGACAUCAAGACCAUGAACCUUAAAUCCCUCCGCCGACGUAUCGGCGUGGUAGCCCAAGAACCUGUGCUAUUCUCCGGGACCAUCGCAGAAAACAUCGCCUACGGUAAGCCGACCGCCAGCAAACUCGAGAUCGUUGAGGCCGCACGCAGGGCGAACUGCAACUUCAUUUCCGACUUCCCCGAGGGUCUGGAGACAAACGUGGGACCUCGCGGAGCCAUGCUUUCUGGAGGCCAGAAGCAACGCAUCGCCAUUGCGCGCGCGCUCCUCAAGAAGCCCGACAUCUUGAUCCUGGACGAGGCUACCAGCGCGUUGGACGCCGAGUCGGAAACCGCGGUCAACGAGGCUCUCUCCAAGCUGAUGGACUCCAGCACGACCACCCUCUCGAUCGCACACAGGCUUAGCACCAUCGCGGCCGCCAGACUGGUCAUCGUCCUCGAUAACAACGGGAAGGUGGCGGAGACGGGAACGUUCAAGGAGCUGGUCGCGCGCGACGGGCCGUUCAAGAAGUUGAUGCAGUGGCAGAUCAGCGGUGGGGAAGAUCCCCAGCAACGACCGCACCAUCCACGGCCCGCCGAAGAGGAGCAGGAGCGGUUGGAUGCGGAGAUGGCGGAAGAGGGUCGCGGACAGCCGGAGGAGGAGGAGCUUGAGGAGCUGGAGGAGCCCAGAAAGUCGAAGCAGCAGCAGCCACCAUCCUCCUAGGACCUCCUCACGAUGAGGGGGGAAGCUGGCAGUACUAAAAAAUUUGGGGGGUUUAUGUUACCGGUUUUUCUUUAGACUGCUUUUUCCCUGCACAUAGAAGUUUUCUCUUAUAGGUUUUUUUUAUUCUAGUAUCUCUUCUUCCCCUGCGUCUGAAUACCCCCCGUAAAUAUUGCCCCGUAGUGUACGCGUGUGCAAUCCAAUCCCUUGUAUCAUAUCUCCACUCUUUUUUCUUCCUUUUGGCCUGAUGAUUGGUUUGCCUUGUUGGGGGUGGGGUGUUUGGAUAAUGGAAUACAGUCAUGCAUAGAUUGUCACUCGAGUAUGUGAGCACACCAUCGGAAUUUCUAGUGUCCACCAGGUUCUAUGACUAUCAAUAGAAUCAGGACAAAUUACGCAGUCAGAG